CUGUUACUGUUUGCUGUGCUUGGUCGCGCUUCGAUUUUCGUGAUUAUCAACGUUUUACAGAAAUGGCACAAGUUUGAAGCGUUGUUUUUAAAAUUAAUGUUGAGUAUUUUACCUAUUGUAUUCUUUAUUUACCUAAUGGACUUCUACGGGAAGAAUGAGUUAAGGCAGGAAGAUAUGUACUGGUAGAAGUGACAGUAACCAUGGCAACAAGAAGGUCCAGUCCUGACCAGGAGAAUUUUUUUCGUAUGACUGUUUUAAUUGUAGAUAAUGCCUUGAAAGUUUUGCAAGAUGUUCUUCAGAAAGAGCUUAGAACAGAGUAUCCCAGUUUAUUUGACCCGAGCACUGGGUUGUUAUGUGGGGUGCUUGGUGAUGGAACUGUCAGGAAAAAACUGGAUAGACUAGCACGGUCAAGAGUACUUAAUGUACAUCAACAAAACCAGCUGUAUCCUGGUGGAAACCCCUCCUCAUCAGUGACUGUUGGUGAUUUAGACAUCACAUUGACUGUGCUUUUGCUGAGAAACAUCACAACAUUGAAUCCACGUCCAGGGUUGAAUGCAUGGGACAACCCCUCUGACUCAGACACAUCAAGAGAAGCCACCAUUGGAAGAGUUAAAAGAUAUCGAAAUAUUGUGUAUGGCCAUGCUAACAAGGCAGCAAUUAGUGAUCAAGAUUUUACGGCACAUUUCUCAGAUCUCAAGUACAACCUCCUGGCUCUUUCUAGUAAGUUUACUGAUGAGGAAUAUGAUGCCAUCUUGUCUAAACCUCUUGAUGCUGCUUUACUGGAGAGAAACCAGAACAUUCUGAAAGAUGAGUUGUUAAACAUGCAAGCUACAAUGAAGGAAAUUCCUGAACAAAUCAUACAUGAAUUGAAAGAAAGUGAAACAAAGUUGCAGGACUAUGUGGAACAGGUUCAUAAAAGAAGUGAAGACACUAUUAUAAGGAAGAUGGACAGUGACACACAGAAUACACAUAAUCAACUUGAGGACAUUUCUCAAGGAAUCACACAGGUGAACGUAGGUCAGUCAGAGAAGACCGACCAACUCAGACAAUGCAUGGAAGAGGUCAAGGAUGCACAGAAACAAGACUCACAGAAUAUCCAAGCUCAGCUCAGGAAGAUGGACAAUAACUCACAUCAUCAACUUGAGGAACUCUCCCAAGGAAUCACACAAAUGGAUGAAAAGGUUCAGACCAUAUGUGACAGAGACCGAGAUAUACCAGCAUUUCAGAAAAUUACAGGUAGUAUAUGCUGCAAUAAAUUCUAG